CACUCAUCCAAGUCCUCGGCGGUGGUUUUCGUGUCUUCAGCUACAGAACCGGGAUCCAAGGUUCACGACAGCGUCAUGUUGUAUUGCCCUAAGCAUUUGAGACUCCUAGUCUCUUGUACUAGGUAGGUAUGGCCGAUCAGGUAAAUAUGGAGCAGUAACCUGCUCCUUCUUGUGUCUUUCAUUCGUGUCUUCACUUUCCUGUUUCUCCACUGCUGGUCUGCAAUCAUGCCAGUGUUCACAGAAUAUUCUACUUCUUCGCGUGACUUACGCGUUCUUCCUUCUUUUGCCCCUCCACUGCCACGUCUAACACCCAGUUUUGAACCCGUCGAGGGCGAGGAGAGGUAUGAAGUUGUGAUUGCGGGGGCAGGACCAGCAGGUUUAUUUCUCGAAGUCCUCCUCGCACGGUACGGCCUCAGCGACAAAUCCCUCCUCUGUAUCGACUCGAAACCCACUGCCUUGAAAUCUGGCCAAGCAGAUGGUCUGCAACCACGGACACUGGAAGUGCUGAAGAGCUUGGGACUGGCAGACGAGAUCCUGACAGAAGGUUGUCAGAUGUGGGAAGUGGCAUUUUGGAAUCCAGCUCAAGACAAGAAUGGAGGAAUUGAGCGCACAUCAAUCGUGCCAGACGUUGCGGUUGCGGCGAGGUUCCCUCACGAAGUCACAAUCCACCAAGGACGAAUUGAGCGCAUUCUCGAGGAUGAUCUUAGACGGUACUCUGCACGUGGCGUGCAAAGAUCUACCAAACUUACAAAGGUUGUGCUUGAUGAAGCUGGAGAUGCGGAGUUCCCUGUCCUGGUGGAGAUGGAGGGGCCAGAAGGCACACGAAGUGUUCGGACGAAACAUUUGGUGGGAGCAGAUGGGGCACACUCACUGGUUCGCAGAUCAAUGGAUUUCAAGCUAGAGGGGGAGACUUCGGAUUUUAUCUGGGGUGUUGUGGAUUUUGUCGCGGAUACCGACUUUCCUGACAUCAGACGACGAUGUGCGAUACAUUCGGAUAAUGGGAGUGUGAUGGUCAUUCCGAGAGAGAGGAUCGCGACUGGAGAAUAUUUGACGAGACUGUAUGUCCAUGUUCAGGAGGAGGUGAAGCCUGAAAGUGACAUCGCUGGAGAGGAAGGCGUGAAAGGCGCCAGUAAGGCGGAGUCAAAGGCCAGGAGAGAGAAGAUUACCAUGGAGAGCAUAUUUGCACAAGCGCAGGAAGUUCUCAAGCCAUACUACAUCAAACCGAGACGGGCAGAUGCUGUGGAUUGGUGGGCUGCAUAUCAGAUUGGACAGAGAGUAUCCGAGAACUUCGUCAAGCAGGAUUCGAAAGGCGUGAAUAGAGUGUUUAUUGUGGGCGAUGCCUGCCAUACUCAUAGCCCAAAAGCCGGCCAAGGCAUGAAUGUGUCCAUGAUGGAUUCCUAUAAUCUAUCAUGGAAGCUUAUGCAUUAUCUCAACGGCUUAUCUCCGAUCACUAAUUCUCGAGACACCAUCCUCGAUACUUUCGAGACAGAACGUCUCACCAUAGCUAAAGAGCUCAUUGCCUUCGACAAAGAGUUCUCGUCCAUGUUUUCAGGCAAGAUUGGUGCCGAAGGAACAGAAGGUCUUACACAUGACCAGUUCCUUGAGGUCUUCAGCACAGGAAAUGGAUUUACAAGUGGCUGUGGAAUUGAAUAUCCCGAGACUUCAUUGGUUGAGAAGAAUAUUCCUACAGGCUUGGUAACCGGCUCGGAUUACCUCGGUGGCAUUCUGAAGCCCGGUAGGAGACUUCUCAAUGUGAAGGUUAAGAGACAUGCAGAUGGCUACAGGCGAGAUCUGCAAGAUGGUAAGUCACUGCCCUCAUUUGACACUUUGCAAGUACUCAUCAGCUAGACUUCCCCUCCACCGGCCGAUACCGCAUCCUUGUCCUCACAUCAACCGACCUCCUCACCCCAAGCAGCCCCUCUAGUCAGUCCAUCGCCCAUAUCCCCUCCCUCCUCGCCUCCUUCCCAGCAGGCCUGAUCGAGCUUGUCGUAUUACAUCCUCUUCCCUCCAACACCUUUGAAUGGAAAGAUCUCCCAGUAGCAGUGAAAACCCAUGCUGAGAUGAGUUUCUACAAUGGCACGGAACUGCAGGAUGCGUAUGCUGUUUAUGGAGUUGAGAAGGAGAGAGGGGCAGUGGUGGUUGUGCGACCGGAUGGGUAUGUGGGUUGUUUAGCUGAGUUGGGGAAGGGUGAGAUGGGCAUGGGGAGGGUGCAGGGGUAUUUGAAGGCUUGUUUGAGGGUUGUUGGGGAAAUGAAUGGGCAUAGUUGAGUGAGGAUGUGAUGCAUGUUCUCUGUUUUGCUUAAUAAGUGAUUUCUUGAACAUGAAGAUCACGAGAGUAGUAUGUUAAUCUACGCGCGUUUUCUAGGAGAACUCAAACGUAGUGCAUCUUGAAAGUUUACAUUCCAACGAAGAAGCAACUCAUCAAACACAUCGCACAUUUUCCACUUCGAACAUUCCUUCCAGGCAGUUUAGCAUCUUCCUCCAAGACAGUAACCGCGAAUCGCCUACGAACCCACCAACAUCCUCCCCACCCCCCAAUACAGGGUUUCUCCUUACAAUCCACAGUCCCUUCCUCCAAACCGUGCGUCUCCAAUCUCUAAGAAACCCCCCUCCAAGAAUUCUAUCAGAUGCUACCACCACGAGCCCAUCUCCUCAUCCCCAAAUAACACCCAAUCGCCGACGCCACAACCAUAAACGCAAACCCAGCGAUGAUAGCAAUAGUCGCUAUUCCGAGUUUCUCCUGUGGCUUUAGUGGUGUUGGUUUGUUGUGAGCGAAUGCUGCUAUGUCGAGGGCUGGGCUUUGAGAGCUGCUGGUGGUGGUUUCUCGCUUGUGGAUGGUUUGGGACGACGGUGGGGGUGUUAGGGAUGGUUUGUUGAUGGUUCGCUUAAUCUCUUGGGUGGAGAGGGUCGGUUGAACACGACAGCGGAGGUUGGCAAGGAUGGAGAAUGGCGAGGACGGAGAUGGUAGCUGUGCAGAAUACAAGGCAGAUGAGGGUAUUCAGGUUCAUGGUGUACUCUGCUGUUGAGAGUUGAUUGGUGGAGUGGGUUUUGUGCGAUGGAAAUGCUUGGAGGGUGAUGGAGGAGCGGUCGAUUAUUCAUGUUCGGACGGAGGUUGGCGAAUUACAAUCAUCUAAGUGGUUACGUUCUGAAUGCGUAACAUAAGACAUGUGCUUAUUGUCCU